CACGGUCAACUCGGGACCUUCCAGCGACCACUGCAGCCUGCGGACGAGGCCGGGACUUGGCCGAGCGGAUCCUAAUAAGGGGAAAAUGGGGCCUGGAGAUCCACACGAGGGCGCGCUCACGUUCCAGAAGCCGCGUUUGACCAAGAGGCCGCGGUACCUUGUCUGUCCAACACUGGAUUCUAAUAGGCGACCUCAACCCCUUAGAAACAGGCGGCAGCUAAGGUGUUUGCUAAUUUAUUUGUUCUAAGCAGCCAUGAGGUGUGAGAAGUUGUAUAGAGACAGAAAACGGAGCAACUAGAUUCACGAAACAGCCUAAUCUUUGUCUCUUUAAAGACAAAGCUGUUGCAAAAGAAUACCUUGGUAUAACCAGAUGGUGUGGAGCAGAGUUUUAAAAGAUAAAUGUAUGCAUUUUGAAAGAUACCAUAGCCACUGUUAGUUAAUUAAAUUAGGGAAAAUCAGUUUUCUUGGUUUCAGUGUGGAGAGCCUUGUCUAGGGUUGGACACCCCCUACUUAACAUCCCCCUACCCCCCGCAAAAAAAAAAAAAAAAAAAAAAAACUUCAUCGGUUUUACCCUCUCUCAGACCUCCUGGGAUGAUUAAAAGGCUUUUGUUUAUAACAGAUCAGGGAGCGGGCCACUUAGCCAAAUGUCUCUCAGAAAAAAAUAAGACGCAUGGGGGACUGGGAGAAUCGUUCUGGGAGCCCGCGGCCGUGCCUGGAGUGCGCGGCUACCAGUGGCGACCGGGUGGCGCCGGCAGGACUGUGAGUUGGUGUGCCCAGGCCGGGCUGGGCUGAUGCGGACACGGGAGGCAGCAGGCACUCGGGGGAAACGUUUAUACUUCAAGGCGUUGUGGAACGGGGAAUGUAUUUGAAGCAAACGGGCUUUGCGUUUGACAGAACACUGGCCCCCCUUCCAAGUUGCACGCCGGUCUUGAGCAGAGUUGAAUUGUGGCUCUCAGAAGCAGUGCAUUCUUUGCGUGCCCUCCUUCCUCCAGCAAAGCCCCUGACCUUGGGGAAGGCCUGUGUCCCCGUUCGGAGUUCACAAGAGAGGAGACAGGGCUCCCGGACAUUGGCCUCUCUAAGGGAGGAUGACUGCCCCCUUUCCCUCCCCGAAGUUCAUUGUGAAGAGCCUGCAACCCCCAGAAUUAGCGCUGGCCUUGUUGGCCCUCCAAGCCCUGGACCAAAGGCCCUGGGGCCUGCCGCUUGCCCCUCUCCCGGAGCUGGCCUCAGCUUUGGUAGGGAGGCCGGGGCUCCAGUGAGCCCCCCGGCGAGGCUCCAACGAGUGGCGUGGGUGUUCCCCGCAGGCAACCUUGGCUCCACUAGUCUGACCGCCGGUCCAGCUUGUCUAUAGUGACGCUACCUUUCCCGAGGCUGAACGGGGUCCUCGGUCUAUGUGAAGUGAGAGCUGCCCUCCCUAAAUGUCGUUGUGUUCCUCUCAAGGCGGCCCCAGCGGCUGCACAUCUGGCUGUGCGGGGGCCCCUUGGACUUGGCUGGCAGCCGCCUGCGAAACACCGCUUCUCAGCGGUCUGCAGUUCCUUUCCUCCCUGCGCCCAAGAUGGGCCUGACAAGGGACCGGGAUCAGACCAGAACCUCUGGGGGCUGAAGACCUCUCCCCACCCCCAUCUUUCAGAGUGUGUGGGGCUUGCGGAGAGUGGCCUUGGAUCCUGAGGCGCCAAGGUCUCAGACUCUGAAGUGGAAGGGAAAUGCGCGAAGUAGGAGUCUUUUGUGUCUGUGCAGAAGGAGGUUCUCCGGCCGACGGCCCUUGUUGCACGUCUGGAUAGACCCCUUAUUGCAUUGGUGGUAGACUCCCCAUUUGCCCCCUAGAUUUCCUUUCACCUUGGCUUGGAGGUGCACAGUGCAACCCGGAGGAGCGCCCGGGGAAGACAGCUUUUAAUUGACUCCAUCCGCUCUGUCCCCAAAGAGUGACACAGCCCAGAGGUGGCUCAGAACCCUAAUCCGGGGUAACCCUAAGAGCCCACAGGUCCACUCAGGCCCAGGGCUUCAACUUUUCUUCCAGGAGACAAGAGUGCAGAUGCAAGCCACUUUUUGAUUACAAAUGCUAAUUUCUUUUUCAAGCUGUUCUUUUAAUUUUUCCCUGGAAAGAACUGUGGCAGGGAGAAGGGCGUCUUGGUACAAAUAUGGGUAUUCAUCUCCUUUAUGGUGCAAUAUUGAUUUAUUAUUAAUGGUAACUGCUCCAACUGAUCUAAAGAUGAUCGAAAACAUCAGCUACAUUAAAUACUCAUAAGCAAAAUAAAGGCUGGCCUGUAGAGCACUGCCUUUUUAUUCCAUUUGUCUCACCUCAGCCUUAGAGUCUUAGGCACACUUUCCAUCCUUUGGGGCUCGGAUCAUUCUUUUGUAUUAUUUCUAUCUUGCUCAAUUUUUUAAUGAUAAAAUAUCUCAAAAUAUUGACAGUCUCUUGUCUCAAGGAGCGGGUCUGAAAGCAGAAAUUUUAAAGAUAAAAAAUAGAAUUUUGUGAGAACAGAUUCAAAAUUAUGUCUGAUAUACACAUUUUUGUCUGUUAGUAAAAACCUAUUUAACUCUAACCAAUAUGGGAGUGACUUUGAGCUCAAAGCCACUGAAAGCUGAAAUGGAAAGGUCCCCAAAUUCUGAAGACACAUCCUGCCUAUUCUGGCUCACUGCAGACCUACCCGUCUGCAAGGAAUUGCUUGUUUUUAGCCUGUAUGUUUUCUUCAUGUAUAAAUAAAGAUUAUGAAAGGGCAUUUGAUGGGCAUAAAAUUCCCGAUUAGAUUAAACAGUCUUGCCUUUCUUAGAGUAGGGAAAAUUGGGCAAACAAGUUCCCAGCAGCUCUCCUGGCCGAGAGGCAAAAGGGCGACACUCGAUACUGCUGGAGCGCCAAGCUAGUGUCAGGGCGCCUGCGGCAAGCGAGUGCAGCGGGCACUUCAUUCAGCUUUGGGCACACUUAGCCCUGGCUCAAAACAAGAUCUCUACUAUGCGAGAAAGCAAAUUUCAGGGCGCUGGUCAGUGGCUGUUAGCUUUGAACAGUACCUUAGCAACCUAGAGUCAAAAGUUAUGUUUUGUCUUGUUUUGUUUUUCCUGCCAUCCUCAACCCCCACCCCCAAGCUCGAAAACAGCCACCCCUGUGGAAAGGUAAUGUUUAAACCUCAGGCUAUGCUGGGAUGCUGCAGCCAAAGCAGUUAGAGGCGCCAGGCUUUUAACCUGACAAUGAUGUUGUAUUUGAACAGCUGCGUAAAGGUUUAAAAGGUCUGUCUCAUUGCCACCGCGGAGUUUCUAAAAAGAGGUUAUUGUUUGGGCGAGAGCACCGAGAGGGAACAGGCGAAACGGUCCCAAGGCCGAAAAUAAUGUUCAACGCUUGUUUCAACCAGGCCAGGGGAGAUUCCUUUUUGGGAAGAGGGAUAAAGGGUUUUUUGGGAAAGGUUUUUGUAAAGGAGCGGGCGGGCUACUAGGUCCCCCAGAAUGCUGAGGCGCUUUAAUGAACAUCAGGCCCCAAAGAAAUGUUCUAUUGAGGUGGAAACCCAAUUUACCCACAAGUUCAGUCUCUGGGCCUGAAAUCCAAGGCCAGCCUAUGCCCCAGCGAGUACGGGGAAAAGAGAACACAGAUGCCCUCCCGGACUGAGAACUGGUUCAUGGUCAGAGUUUCUGGGGCCGCUUUAGUUUCUUGGCUGGCAGGAAGGGAACCUGGCAGGCCGAAGGACGGCUCCAAGUCCUGGCCGGCCCCUCACUCAGGGCAAGUCUUUGGAAAUCAAGGUUAAAGCUCCCCGCUGCUGCCCCGAGGCCCGGGCUUCCGCAGGGCGGCUCACCCGCCUGCAACAAGAGAGGGAGGGAGGAAGUUGUUGAAGUUUCUCAUAAAACUCUGAGUUUCCAUGGUGGUAGUGGUGGUAGUGGUGGUAGUGGUGGUUCUUUAAUGAGCCGGACCACAACCCCAGACCAUAUCCUCUUUAUAGAAGUUUCCCUCACCAAAGGAAACAGAGAACUAAGAUUCCCACCUCCUUCCCCUCCCUUACCCAAGCAAAGCCUUGUCAAAUAAUUUUAGGAAUUGUCCAAAACUGUAAAACUCAAAUUCUGACAAAAGUAUAGCUUUUAAUAUUUGACAAUUUGUAUUAAAACAAAAAUUGACCUUCUUGGUUAGCAGCGAAGGGAAAAAAAUCAAUAGUAUAAUUUUCAAUAAUUCAUAAAGCGAACGCCAUUAUGGUAAAUUUAACUAUUAAUCUUAUCCUUUACAAAGUCUCGAUUGAUUUGUUAAUAAAGUAUCUUCCUGUGUGUGGCAACAGCGGGCAUAACUCUUUAAAAACCUUCAGAAGCAAGAAAAUUACCAAGUAGCCCAAGAAUGUAGAUGAGAAUUUUAUUGAUCGCCCUGAUUCUUCUUAAUAUGUAUUAAUAAAUUCCACAGCCUUUUGUACCUUGCACUUGUCAGAAACCAGUGCUUUUACAAAAUCCAUAAAAGGAAAACAUUUUUCUUUGCAGAAGAACCAAAAUGACACCUUUGCAUUUCUCUGUCCUUCUUGGCCCAGUCAGUUUUCUAAAACUUCUGGAUUCUGAGGGUCAGAGUUUCCCCUUUUCUUAAAUUAUUUUUUUCUUUCUUCCUUCCUUUUUUCCCUCCAUUAUCAGGGUGUGGGGAGAGAAACCUCUGUUUAGUUCUCCUGCAGGGAGCCCAAGGGACGCUUUCGCGGAUAGUGAACUGCUGGCAAAGAAUUGUCUCUGGGCUGAAAGCUCCCAGAGGUCCGGCCCCGCAGAGGUCAGGGUGUGGUUCCUCUGAGAGCCGAAGGCUCGUGUAGCCCGCCGGGGCGCAUAGGAACCCGGAGCCAGGCAGGAGGACCGAGCGGGAGGACAACGCCGGGACCGACCCAUCCAUGGGGAUCCGGGCCCGGCCAGCUGCUUGGCCUCCCGGCCCUCGCGGCCCUUUUUGCCUCCGCCCUCCUAGAGACACCUUGGCCGCUUCUUAGCCCCAAGGGAUCUUUCCUUUGGACCCCUGGGGUGGGAUGUCUCAGGGCGGAAUCCGACUCACCUUCCCGCUGGGCUGCCCGGGACUAAAUUAACCAGCCUGCGCCCCCACCCGCUUGUCCUGGACCCGGCCCUCUUAAGCGCGUUCUGCCUGGGUGUGUGUGUGGGGAAUGCUUCUGUGCGCUGGCGCCAGGGCACUCUGGCUUCCCUCCCCGUCCGUGCGUGUCCACUUGGAGGCCCCUAGAGCUGAGACUUUCCUUCCGCCGGUUGGGCCCAGGGGCCGAAGCGGGGGACGCGAGUGGGGCGGGCUGGCCGAGCGAGCCCUGGAGAGGCGGACGGGAGGGCGCCGGAGAGCGCUGGGCCGGUUGUCUCCAGCGCGCACUAUCGCGGGCGCGUAGUAGAUGUCGCUGUUGUCCGUGCUUACGCGGCCGGCCGGCCAGGCUCUGGAGCACGUGACCCGAGAGGAGGCUGCGGCUCAAGGCCAUUUUCAAAUCUCAUUGGCUUGGUUGUCAUGUGGUCGGCAGAGGCAUCCACAAUUACACGGGGAAUGUUUUCCUAGAGAUGUCAGCCUACAAAGGACACAAUCUCUCUUCUUCAAAUUCUUCCCCAAAAUGUCCUUUCCCAACAGCUCUCCUGCUGCUAAUACUUUUUUAGUAGAUUCCUUGAUCAGUGCCUGCAGGAGUGACAGUUUUUAUUCCAGCAGCGCCAGCAUGUACAUGCCACCACCUAGCGCAGACAUGGGGACUUAUGGAAUGCAAACCUGUGGACUGCUCCCGUCUCUGGCCAAAAGAGAAGUGAACCACCAAAAUAUGGGUAUGAAUGUGCAUCCUUAUAUACCUCAAGUAGACAGUUGGACAGAUCCGAACAGAUCUUGUCGAAUAGAGCAACCUGUUACACAGCAAGUCCCCACUUGCUCCUUCACCACCAACAUUAAGGAAGAAUCCAAUUGCUGCAUGUAUUCUGAUAAGCGCAACAAACUCAUUUCGGCCGAGGCCCCUUCGUACCAGAGGCUGGUCCCUGAGUCUUGUCCCGUUGAGAACCCUGAGGUUCCCGUCCCUGGAUAUUUUAGACUGAGUCAGACCUACGCCACCGGGAAAACCCAAGAGUACAAUAAUAGCCCCGAAGGCAGCUCCACUGUCAUGCUCCAGCUCAACCCUCGUGGCGCGGCCAAGCCGCAGCUCUCCGCUGCCCAGCUGCAGAUGGAAAAGAAGAUGAACGAGCCCGUGAGCGGCCAGGAGCCCACCAAAGUCUCCCAGGUGGAGAGCCCCGAGGCCAAAGGCGGCCUUCCCGAAGAGAGGAGCUGCCUGGCUGAGGUCUCCGUGUCCAGUCCCGAAGUGCAGGAGAAGGAAAGCAAAGAGGAAAUCAAGUCUGAUACACCAACCAGCAAUUGGCUCACUGCAAAGAGUGGCAGAAAGAAGAGGUGCCCUUACACUAAGCACCAAACGCUGGAAUUAGAAAAAGAGUUCUUGUUCAAUAUGUACCUCACCCGCGAGCGCCGCCUAGAGAUCAGUAAGAGCGUUAACCUCACCGACAGGCAGGUCAAGAUUUGGUUUCAAAACCGCCGAAUGAAACUCAAGAAGAUGAGCCGAGAGAACCGGAUCCGAGAACUGACCGCCAACCUCACGUUUUCUUAGGUCUGAGGCCGGUCUGAGGCCGGUCAGAGGCCAGGAUUGGAGAGGGGGCACCGCGUUCCAGGGCCCAGUGCUGGAGGACUGGGAAAGCGGAAACAAAACCUUCACCGCUCUUUGUUUUUUGUUUUGUUGUAUUUUGUUUUCCUGCUAGAAUGUGACUUUGGGGUCAUUAUGUUCGUGCUGCAAGUGAUCUGUAAUCCCUAUGAGUAUAUAUAUAUAUAUAUAUAUAUAAAAAAACUUAGCACGUGUAAUUUAUUAUUUUUUCAUCGUAAUGCAGGGUAACUAUUAUUGCGCAUUUUCAUUUGGGUCUUAACUUAUUGGAACUGUAGAGCAUCCAUCCAUCCAUCCAUCCAGCAAUGUGACUUUUUCAUGUCUUUCCUAACACAAAAGGUCUAUGUGUGUGGUUAGUCCAUGAACUCAUGGCAUUUUGAAUACAUCCAGUACUUUAAAAAUGACAUAUAUAUUUUAAAAAAAAGAUUAAGAAAACUCACAAGUUGGAGGGAGGGGGACUUAAAAAGCACAUUACAAUGUAUCUUUUCACAAAUGAAUUUAGCAGUUGUCCUUGGUGAGAUGGGAUAUUGACGAUUUAUGCCUUGUAGCCUUUCCCUUGUGGUGCAUCUGUGGUUUGGUAGAAGUACAACAGCAACCUGUCCUUUCUGUGCAUGUUCUGGUCGCAUGUAUAAUGCAAUAAACUCUGGAAAUGAGUUCGCUCCCUCUGCUUUCUGAAAUGGAAAUAUGUUAUGCUGGAAAUUAAAGCCUAUGGUAAGAUUA